UGUCGCUACCACUGGACCAGCCCACUGAUAUAAAAGCGGGGAGCACCUGAUGUAAGCAAGAGAUUAUUGAAUCGGCUAUUCGUUAGAAAAAGUUGUUUGCGCCUUCAUUGUCCAGCAGUGAAGCCAUGACUGCUACUUACAGGCUAGCUUAGCGAGUAAUCUCGAAGAGGUGUGAUGCCACUCCGGUUCAAGAUUAAAGGUAUGACCAGUCGGGACUCCAGAACGUCAAUUCCCAGACCUCUGCGAAGUGGCUGUGAUGACACCUGGUCGUGGAACCGAAAAGACAAGUCCCACGAGGUCAGACUGUGCGGUGUUUGGCUUAGAACAGCCCAGUUUCAUCCCAACUGGAGUAACGGGACGGCAGGAGUCCGAGGAAGUAGAGUACUAAACAGCGGAAAGUAUUACUGGGAAGUAAAUGUAUCGGAAAGGAUCUUCGGUACAAGCAUGAUGUUCGGUAUUGGUACCAAGAAAGCUCGCCUCCAUGUUGAUGCCUUUAUUAACAUGCUGGGAGAAGAUGAUCAAGGAUGGGGUUUAUCGCAUAAAGGAAUACUCUGGCAUAACGGAGAGUGGAGAAAAUUUACGAAACCUUUCCGUGAAAACGAAGCCACAACUGUUGGACUUCUCUUUGAUGGCCCUCAAGGAACAUUGACGUACUUCAAGGAUGGCGUAUGUCUUGGGGUUGCCUUCUCAGGACUUCAUCUAGUCGAUGAUGACUUAUAUCCGGUGGUUUGCUCAACUGCAGCUAAAACUGAAAUGACUCUGUCUCACAUGAGACGUGACUUUUAUAACUUACAAGAUCGAUGUCGGGCAGUGAUAUUGAACAUUCUAAAAACUCGUAACGACGUUAAUGACCUCAACUUGCCAACCAGGAUCAAAAGUUAUCUUAUGGAAACCAAGGAGUGCCAACAAGUUGUGAGAACACGGCAAAGAGAUACCCAUUCCUCUCCAUACAUUAAAGCUCUGCCGUGUAACAUGUUUCAUUUACCUGGUGUCAAAAACUCUUUUUUAUAUGCGUGAAAAGUAGCUUAACGAUUUAUUUUUGUUUUUUAAUAAGUAUAAACUUGCCUUACUGUAAUUUUAAAUAUAAAUUAUUUUGAUCUAGAAGAAGAUUUUAAAAUAAGAAAAUAGUAACAGUUCAAACCUCACAUCCGUGGAAAAGUUUCCAUUUCUGUCAAAAAGUUAUAUAUUUUCUUGUUUUCAAGGCACUUUAUUUAACAUGUGCAUUCUGUAUUGUGUUGUGUGAGUGUCACUAUGUUUUUUUUUAGUUAGCAAUGGGCUUGGCUCGCUCAGCAGAAUGGGCUUGAACCGCCAAGUAAUCAGCUUUCAUCUAUUGAUCUCCUUAAUGAUAUGUUGCAAAACAAGGUUGUGUGUUUUUAAAAUGAUGUUUCUGACGUCAGUGGCUAUAGUCAGUUUUCACGAAAGGAUCUCGUUUGGUAAAUAAACACGUGUGUAUAUAUUUUUGUGAAUUGUGAACCAGUUUCAAACUGUUUUCCAAGUUCUAUGUUGUUGUCUUAUAAUGAUUUAUGGUAGUCAGGUUGUAGUAUUGUUAUAAUAACUUCGAAGAGAGUAGAAUCUUACAUUAUUUUGAGGGUCAAUAUGCUAAAACUGUGAAUUUUUUUUAUCGGAUUUUGAGUUUUUCUACAUGUAACUAUUAAACUACGUUCUCUGUAAAUAAUUUGGUAGUCUUUUAUGUUAACUUUCUCAGUAUAUCCCGUGGUAUUUCUUAUUUGUGAACGUAUUCGUAAAAAAAAACAAAAAAACAUUACUUUAAGCGUAUUAAAUUAUUUAUUAACACGUGCUUAUUCACGUGCUCUUAAAGUAAGAUGAUACGUAGAAAUGUUUUUUCGAACUAUGCACUAUGAAGCGAAAGCACUAUUUAAUAUUUAAACCUGUAGCUUAGCGUGAAGUCUUAAGUGAAUUUAUUAUAUAUUUUACGAAAUACACUUCGACAAGCGUAGGGAUGGGUGGAAAUCUAGUCAAUAAACCCUCACCUCUGCAAGCUCGAGUCAAUGACAUGGUUAAGCGCAGACCAAGAGGUUAUGUAAAUUAAGGUAGUUAGUGUGUAAGCUGUUCAGCCGUCUGUUUGCGUGUGUGUAUGAUGCUCAUUUUGUAAAUUAUCAAGAGUUUCCCCUUUUUUGCAUAAAUGUACUUUAAAGUGGUUUGUAUUCAUUUGUCUACAUACUCGGUAUUUCUAUAAAGCUGUAUGUUGCAGCUUGGUAUGUAGACUUCUUGAUCACGUUCGCAACCAAAAAUAUAUUGUGGACUAUAUAUGUUUGAGACGAAUAUUAUUAAUUAUAUAUGGUUGUUGUCAAAUAUAAGUAGAUGAUUGGAAUUACGUUUCCUUGUAUGUUAAAAUAUUUGCUAUAUGUUUUUCAAAGUUAUGUACUACGACAUUUCCUGUAUUCAAAAAUGCCUCACGUUUUCCUAAUACAAUUUCGUGUGAAAUAUGAGAUGGUAUGAUAUCCAUAAUUUUAAAUAAAAUAUUUAAUUUCAAAGGAAUAUUAAGUUGAAGUACCUCAUAAUUAUUUAUAGUAAAGAUUACUGUAUACAUGAACCAUAUUGUAUUAUGGCACUAAUUUCAGGACAAUGAGGUUAAUGUUAUUUAUUUUAGUAAUAUGAAUAUUGGAUUUGAAUAGUGUGUUAUGUGUGAUGUAUUGUUAUUGUCCAAAGUGUGUG